AUGAGGAUGCAGGUUGCUCAAAACGUGGCAUCAAAAGUGUGAUAUUCUCCGAAAAUAACAGAUCGACUGGAUAAAAAAAUUAGAUGGUUGGACACCUUGAGAUAUUCUAUUAUAGAUAGACCUUUGAAUUUCUAAUUUUGGUGCCGUAUUUCCGCAGUGAGCCCCAUUUCGGGCGCGUGCGGUUACCCAUAGUUGCCAAGAUAGGUUGCACGAUGGGCGCAAGCAGUUCCACCAAACGGGCUUCCUUUGAUGCCAAUGGCGAGGUCAACUUUGACCACUUCCAGAUCCUUCGCGCCAUUGGCAAGGGAAGCUUUGGGAAGGUGUGUAUUGUACAAAAGAAGGACACAAAGAAGAUGUUUGCCAUGAAGUACAUGAACAAGAUGAUGUGUGUCAACAAAGAUGCUAUCCGUAACGUGUUACGUGAGCAGGAGAUUCUCACCGCGUUGGAUCACCCGUUUAUCGUCAAUCUGUGGUUUGCAUUCCAAGACGAAGAGGACAUGUUCAUGGUCGUUGACCUCUUGCUCGGCGGGGAUUUACGCUAUCACAUACAACAGGAUGUUAAGUUUGACGAGUCUCGUGUGAAGCUGUAUCUCUGCGAGAUCGCAUUGGCGUUGGAUUACCUUCAGUGCAGGCAUAUCAUACACAGGGAUAUCAAACCAGAUAACAUCUUGCUGGAUGAGGAAGGUCAUGUACAUAUAACAGAUUUCAACAUAGCUACAAUAAUUCAGAAUAACCAGUUAGCGACGUCCAUGUCAGGCACGAAGCCUUAUAUGGCUCCUGAGGUGUUCCGGUGUGCGUUGGAGGAGCUACCCGGGUAUUCAUUCCCCGUGGACUGGUGGUCGACAGGGAUACUGGCAUAUGAGAUGUUGCGAGGAAAGAGGCCUUAUGAGAUUCAUGCCAACACAUCGCUGGCUGAGACGAAAAAACUCUUUAUGUCACAGCCGAUCCACUAUCCAUCGUCAUGGGAACCUGGCAUGGUGGAGGUGUUACAGAAGCUUCUGCAGCUGGAUCCGAAUGAAAGAAUAGGAACAUUAGAGGAAUUUAAAAAACAGCCCUACAUAUCCGAUAUGGACUUUGAGCGGGUUUUAAAGUUGGACAUCAAGCCAGGAUUUGUGCCUCCAAAAGACCAUCUGAACUGCGACCCAACCUUUGAACUCGAGGAGAUGAUCAUUGAAGCUAAACCACUCCAUAAGAAGAAGAAACGACUUGCGAAACAGAACUCCAAACGAGACCAGAAUACCUCAUCAGAAUCGAAAGAGAAAGAUCCUAUGCAACUUUGCCUUGAAAACUUGGACAAAGAAUUUAAACCGUAUGACCGAGAAAAGGAACUAGCGGAGAAGAUUGCAGAGGAGGCACGGAAGGAGGAAGAAAAGAAGGCACCAAAAGAAACGUCCGAGAGAGAACAGACUAACGGACCAAAAAGUGAUACAACACCGGAUAAACUUUCCUCAAGUCCAGAGAGUCCAGACCGGAAUACAUUAGAGACUAGUGCUGGAUAAAUGCUGUAUAUACAUUAAGAUGUACAUAAGAUUGCAGGUCUUAGCAGGCAUAUCUACCUGCAGGUAUUAGCAGGCAUAUCUACCUGCAGGUCUUAGCAGGCAUAUCUACCUGCAGGUAUUAGCAGGCAUAUCUACCUGCAGGUCUUUGCAGGCAUACCUGCAGGUCUUAGCAGGCAUAUCAGCCAGCAGGUCUUUGCAGGCAUACCUACCUGCAGGUCUUAGCAGGCAUAUCUACCUGCAGGUCUUAGCAGGCAUAUCUACCUGCAGGUCUUUGCAGGCAUACCUACCUGCAGGUCUUAGCAGGCAUAUCAGCCAGCAGGUCUUUGCAGGCAUACCUACCUGCAGGUCUUAGCAGGCAUAUCUACCUGCAGGUCUUAGCAGGCAUAUCUACCUGCAGGUCUUAGCAGGCAUAUCUACCUGCAGGUCUUAGCAGGCAUAUCUACCUGCAGGUCUUUGCAGGCAUAUCUGCCAGCAGGUCUUAGCAGGCAUAUCUACCUGCAGGUAUUAGCAGGCAUAUCCACCUGCAGGUCUUAGCAGGCAUAUCUACCUGCAGGUCUUAGCAGGCAUAUCUGCCAGCAGGUCUUUAAAGACAUAUCUGCCAGCAGCUUGGCCCAUACCAGCCUGUGGGUCUAGUUGUCUGCGACUCAGUCAGUCCUUGUGCCUUACAGACAAAGAGGGGUGAAAUGGCCAGUGGGGAGAGCACCAAUAUCUGGAGCACUUGUGCCUAACUUGUUGGCUCUGGUUUACAUAGAGCUCACGGUACGCACUGGUUUACAUAGAGCUCACGGUACCCACUGGUUUACAUAGAGCUCACAGUACACACUGUUUUACAUAGAGCUCACAGUACACACUGUUUUACAUAGAGCUCACAGUACACACUGGUUUACAUAGAGCUCACGGUACACACUGGUUUACAUAGAGCUCACGGUACACACUGGUUUACAUAGAGCUCACGGUACACACUGGCGAAUGAUGGUUUUAUCCUGGCAGAAUAACUUGGCGUGGCAACAAAUCCGAGAUCUUGGUAAAGUUUGGCCUUGAUUCCAUACAAAUCAGAAACUCUGUACUUCAGACCAGGAGUGUGUCUGUGGAAGGACUCCAGUCAGUGAAACCUCCAACUUGCCCUCUGUUAAGGCAGUGUUGAACUCGAACAUACUGUUGACAAGUUUUAGAGUAAACCAAGUGACCAGUAAGCAACAGCCCACAUUCUCACACACAGCAAAGACUGUCACAACAUUAUCAAUGGUAUACCAAGUAUUUUUGUAAACCUUGUACAUAGUCUAUUUGUAGAGGUAGAUUUCUAUCUGUACGUUUAAUGACUGCAGCUUGUCAUAGUGUCCUAGUCUUAUACAGCUUGUCAUAGUGUCCUAGUCUUAUACAGCUUUAUUUCAGUGCAUUUCUUUGUUUAUCACUAGUUGAGAUCCCGGUACCAGUCACUCCUGUAUAUAUGAUGAUAUUCCAGCUUUAAGCUGCCAUCUCGCCAUUUAUGUGAUAUCUUGGGUUCUUCUGAAUCCCCCAGUAUUGUCAUGUUGUCUUCUAACUCCUCAGUCUUGGCUCGGGAGAAAAUGAAUUGAACAUAUCAAGUAUUCUUCCUCCAAACGUCUGUGUGGUUUGUAUGUGUAAAGACAUUCUGCACACAUACAACUGAAGGGUGUGUUCAAAACCCCGAUCCUGGCUGGAAUAAGCCAGGAUCAGUCAAUAGUCGAUAGUCAGUAUUGUAUCAGAGGGGUGG